GACCUUUAACCUCGCGGCUAAGAUGCUGCACCUGUUUGAUCUUCCACCGGAGCUGCUGGAGAAGAUCCUGUUCUACCUCCCACCUACUCAGCUCAUCGUCCGAGUGUCUGCCACUUGCAGAAGACUGCGCACACUCCUCCGCAGCGACUCCUUCUGGAAGAGACAGUACGCGGCCCUCGUGUGUGCCACGCCCCCUUCCCUCUCUACCUCGAGGGGGGAGCAGGAGGCCUCGGUGUGGCAGCGAGGCUGCGUUGAGGCUCAGUUCUCUCGUCAUCUCGGCCGCAACACCGUCACAACCACCACCCUCAGAGGUCCAACUGGAGGAGUUGACUGUGUGCAUCUGAUGUUCCCAGAGGCCCACGGCUCAGUGGGACUGGUUGCUGCAGGCUGCAGGGACUCCUCCAUCUACCUCUGGAGGAGGCGUGGCCACGGAGCGGAGAGAGGCUCCCGCAGCAUGAGGGGGAACAUUGUCUACAGGAUGGAAGGCCACGUGGGGUGGGUGUGGUGUUUGGGGUCCCACAGACACAGACCUGAACUGCUGUGUUCCGGAGGCUGGGACUCUACCAUACACGUCUGGGAUGCCGUGGUAGCCAAAAUGGUGGCCUCCAUCUCGAAGCAGCACAGAGCGGCCAUUUUGUCUCUGGCUCUCCCUGAGCCCAACACCCUGGUUAGCACCACGUACGACAAGAGAGUGAAGGAGUUUGAUCUGAGGAUGCCGCCGUCUCUGGUGGCUGAACACAUGAGCACAGAGCACCAGUUCUGGCCCUCGCCUGUUCCGACAGCUACGUCUACACCGGAGGAGAGGACAGGUGUGUGUGUGUCUGGGACAGAAGAUCUCACCAAGUACUGCAGACUGUGAAGCUGCCUCGACUAGUGAGUGGACUCCACUGUGGCUAUGGGAAGCUGUCUUGCUCUGGGCAGAAGAGGAUCACCAUCUUCGACAUCUCUCAGGGAACUCUUACUAAACUAUCGUCCUACAUGCCAGCACACCAAGACUCACUCACUUGUGUAUUCCACAACCUGGGGAUGGUGGCCUCGGGGUCAAGGGACGGUACCGUGGCGAUACACAGCCCCGCCCCAGGCCACACCCACAUAACUACGCUGCAAAACCACAAGGCGGACAUCACGGGACUCGACAGCUCUCUUAGUUCACUGGCAAUCUCAUCUAGUGACCUCACUGUCUCACUAUGGACUACCAACUACCUCUAGUAUACAACAAUUUGCUUUUACACCAACCACCUAUUCAUGGUGCUUUUAUAACUUUAAAAAUAGCACAGAAGUUGCCCC